AUGUUCAGCGGGGACAUCGAGCAGGGCUCGCACAAACAGCAGGCAGAGGAUGCAUGGUCCACGUUCGUUGGGACUCGUUUCGACACAGGCGGCGAUCUAGGGCGCCCAGGACGCGCCGUUCGACGUUCACAACUGGAGGCCGAGUUCGAAACCAUGCAGACUUACUUCACGGUUGCAAAGCGGCGCAUGAAUGCGUGUACUAGUGCAGGAGGUCUGCCGCCGGAGAUUCUGUCGACCAUCUUCUCGUUCGUGCAGGAGGUCUGGCCACCGACCUGUACGCACCAUUACGACAAUUGGCAAGACUGUGAAGGACCCCCGGAUCGUAUCAAUUAUGGCUUGGGGUGGAUAUACGUGUCGCACGUGUGUUCUAAGUGGAGGAAGGUUGCUCUUGGUGCUCCGACGCUCUGGCAGACUAUCGAGUGCUGCAACAUACCUCCAUCAAUGGCAACAGAGAUACUUCUACGAUCCUCUCGCCUUCCUCUGAAGCUCUAUAUCGAGUCAGACAACAGACUAGACAACAAUCUCAUCGAUGACUGGCUGUCAUGGCCUAUUCUCCGUCGCACAUCCGUCUUACACAUUGGUGAUAAUGAGCGCCAUUGGCGGACCUCGGGUUAUGAACGAUGGUUUCCGACUCUGGUCUACUCUAUGCCCAUUCUGGAAUCUCUGUGGCUUUCGUUCGAUCUGUAUGGUCGUGCGGCCCGCUUACCUGACGGCCUCUGGACCGAAACUCAGCCCGCCCUCAAGACGAUACCAAGAGAAGAAACCGAUCUUCCAACUGCGACAGAAUUGCGUAGCGUAUUCUCCCGUCUGGCGUCACUCGAAUUGCUCUCUCUUUCCAACUUCUGGCCGAGACCGACUCGCUCUCCAAUCGACCCCAUCACACUAUCUUCGACCCUUCAAGCAUUCAGCUUCGCAUCUGAGAUUAUGGAAACGGGCAUGCUCCGGACGCACUACUGCCCCUUUUGGGCUCAGUUCAGGAUUCCAGCUACUACUGCCUUGUCUGUCGAGUGUUUUCAUUGGAUGGAGCAUGACUAUGAUUUCUCUUUGCUCAUAGAACCAUUCCUCCAGGUGGAUAGUGCGGUCACACCAGCGCUGGAACUAGUUCUAGACUACGAUACCAUCAAGUUAUCCUACGUCGAGGAUCUAUCCAGCGUGCCCAUACCUCCCAAAGCACGCAUCCCCUACCGAGGCCAAGGGCAUCGAACUCGGUAUAGCCGCCUACUCCAUUGUACCAACCACGACUUCAUCAGACACUUCUCCGCUCACCUCCCUCUGCCGCUCAACUCCCUCAGAAGUAUCUCUGUCACAGUGGAUGCGAUGACUGGUCUUUGCAUGCCUGGGGCGAACGGAGGCUGGCCGGGCAAGCUUGGCCACGCACGAAACGUUCGCCGUUUGUCUGUGUACUAUGUGCACAGCCUGUUGCUUCUUGACGACCUCACCAAGAAGGACGCAGCUGGCCGCUUCUCGCUUUUCCCUCUCCUUGACACGCUGGUCUUUCACUCGGAUAUCAAUGUCAGGACCUCAACUCCAAGUGCACUGCACGUCUUCCUCCUCGAGCUAUUCGCUGUUCGUCACGAGAAUAACGCGCCGAUCAAGGAGCUUCUAGUGGACUGGAGGCUGGCGUCGGUACCCGUCUGGACCAGGAUACAGAGCAUGGCAAAAGUAUCAUUCUUCGAGCCCUGA